AUGAUUACAGAAAUUCUACGAGUUUUCGAAAAUAUUAAUGAACGUUUAUACCUUGAAUGGGAAAAGGAACGCCGAAAUGAAUUACAGUGUCAAGUGUCAUCAUGGAAUGAAAGAAGAAAACGGAAUGACAUCGGAAGUGAGAAGGUACACGAUAAUUUUUUAAAUAAAAACGAGGAUCUUCAAUGUAUUGAAUUUGCCUUAACGAAGGAGCGCCGAAGCAAUUUGGUGUGCUUGUUAUGGUGUCAUUGUUACCACACUAUUUGCAUAGAAAACCCCAAAACCCCAAGUUCUCAGCGAUCUGGAUGGACUGCUAGUCAGCUUAGGCUUAUUAAGCUUGUGACAAUAAGCUCAUGGCACUACCGCUCAUAUGGCAUACGACUUCGAAUAGAUCGGUCCAUGUCUUUCCGUGGACAAAAGGUUGCAUGCGGCACGAUGCAACAUUUCUGUCAAAUUCUCAUGUACGAGUUCAAAUCCGGACGCGGUUCGGCCAAAAGUGCCCGAGAUUUCGGUGCUGUUCAGGGCAAGUGA